AUGCUCUUACUUUCUAUUAUUCGUCUCUUCGUAGCUUCAGCGGUGGUUUGCUCUGCACAACCGCUAGAAGCGCGACAAUCGACUAGUUCUUUCAAUCUAUAUGCCUACGGGGAAGGCAUCAGCGGACUGCCUGUGUUUUACAAAGAUGGUACUGCUCAAGUUGUGGAUUCGUCCAAAGUCGACACAUCUCCGAUGACCCAGGUCUACUUCACUUAUUCGGACAGUUCUUCGAGCACCUGGGUAGCACAUCCUCGUUCCACUGACACUACUACCAUCGUCAGCUCUGCCCCCUUCACGACCAACUUGAUAUACCUGGCCCAGGGGGAUACGGCUAAUCCGGUCAGCUUCACUGAAACAUCCGAGACUGCGCGGUCAGGGAAGCUCACCGACGUGUGGUCGCUGUACGGCAAUUAUGUCCUCGUCAGCGUAAGUGGAGCCAACUUCUACGCUAAAUCGACCGGUACGGACGGCUUGUACUCCCUGCUCUGGAGUACUUCGGCAGAAGCCAUGACAGACACUAUCCCGCUGACUUUACGGACUAUUGAGUCGGCGACGCAGUCUGUGUUGAGCUGA